UCUUCAUAUAGAUAUUAUUUAAAGGAGGCAUUUUUAUUGAGAGAGAGAGAGAGAAGAGAGGUGAGGGAAAAAUGUCAAGUGUAGGAGCACAGGUAGAACCCCAUGAGAAGAUGAGAGCAAGAGAUGUAAAUAAGGUGGCAAGAGGAGAACAAGCUCCCAAGCCUCCCCAUCAAUAUGGUCAUAUUGACAAGACUCCUUCCCCUCCAAUCCACAAUAAAUACCCCCAUCAAAUAAAUAACAAGGAGAAUGAAGAGGAAGGAUGGGUAGAGGCAGGAACAGCGCCGGCGGAUGUACGUUUUCCGACCACGAACCAAACACGACACUGCUACACCCGAUACCUUGAGUACCACAAGUGCAUCAAAGAGAAGGGCAAAGAUGCUACUGAGUGUGAGAAGUUUGCAAAGUAUUAUCGCUCGUUUUGUCCAGAUGAAUGGGUGAGGAAUUAAGAUUGAAAGGUGGAAUGACCAGAGAGAAAAUGGAACUUUUGCCGGGCCAAUUUAGGAAUUUAAAAUAAUAUAUAUAAGAGAAAGAAGAGAGAGGGAGAGAUUAGUGAAAUUAAUUUUUCGUGUCUAUUUAGUAUGGUCCAAGAUUUAUUCUUGUUUAGUAACUUUUUUUUUUUCUUUACCUCAAAAAUAUAAUUAUGAUUUCCAUUCCAGCAUAUUACGAUGAUGGUAUAUAGUUAUUAGUGCUGUGUAUUUUUUUA